CAAGCGCAAUCCCAUGUUCCACAGUCAGCAGUGGACAAGCAACGCACCCCAAUUAAAAGAUGAAGUUCGCUGCAGCCAUACUUCUUAUACUGCUCGCAUGCAGCAGCGCGCUGUCGCCGGAUGUCCAGAGGCUCUGUGACGCCUACUGGGACUGGCGGAUGUCAGACAGACCUGAGUUCGCGACAUUCGUAGGUUUCAACGGCUACAACGCAAAUCUCGACGAUUUGUCGCUAACUGCGUACGAGAAUCGCCUGAAGAAAUCGCAAGAAUUCCUUGAUGAAAUUCUUGUACUUGAGCCGACGCUCGUCGAAACGUCGGAUGUGGUCAACCUGCUCAUCUUGAAAGACGAGGUUGAAACAUUCAUCGCAGGAUACCCUUUUAUGAAUUUCCUCGAGCCAAUAAGCUACAUGGAAGGCCCCCAAGUAGACCUGGAAAAGUUGAUCUCCUGGACCCAGUUCAACGCUGCCUCCGACUACGAAGAUUACGUCGCGAGGAUCUCGAAACUCGACGUGCAGAUCCAGCAGAUCAUUGAACUCUUGAGUGAAGGAGUCGCUCGAGGUAUUCUUCCGCACCAGAUCUCCAUGAACGGAGUAACCGAACAAAUAGACGCUUUCAUCGUGGAAGAUCCGGAAGAAUGCAUUCUAUUUUCGCACGUAUUUUCCAGUCCAUCUGAAAAUUUAAGUCCUCAAGAGCUUGAUGACCUCAAAAAUCGAACCAAAGCCGUAAUAUUAGAGACGGUUGUGCCCAGUUUUACAUCGCUCAAGCAGUACAUUAGUACUCAGUACAGCACGCGACCUGACAUCGCCAUUUCCACUUUACCCAACGGAACCGAACUAUACCGGCAGCUAAUCAUUUUCCACACAGGAGAAGACACAACACCUGACUUCAUCCAUCAAGUUGGCUUGUCGGAGGUUGAACGCAUCAACGGCCUCAUGCAGGCGAUCGUUUAUGAGUUGGGUUACAACAUGACAUCGCAGGAAUUCUCGGAAAUGAUCAAGAACGAUCCGGCAAAUUUUUAUGAAACUGGAGAAGAAUUAAUGGACCAGUUUGAAAACAUUGUCUACAAUAUCGUAAUUCCAGCUCUACCUCUUGCUUUUGACAACAUUCCAAAGACAAAUAUUACAGUCGUCGAGUCGCCGUCGCCUGACCAGCCGGUGGCGUUCUACCAGUCAGGCUCGUACACGACGGACAGCGGCCUGGCGUGUUCUACGUCAACACUUACGACCCCAGCGCCCAGUACGUAG